UUAGAGGGUGUUAGAAGAUAUCCUUACACAUCCUUUGGCUCUACUCACAGACUUUUGGGGCCAGUUUCUACUGCAAUGAUGUUCACAGCAGAGCAGAUUGCAUGCGUGUGCGAGGUCCUUCUGCAGAGCAGUUGCAUGGAUCGCCUUGCUGGCUUUCUUCAUACUCUUCCUCCUCCUCCCAACUCCUCCUCCUCCUUCUGCCCCGGGGAGCUGGAGAGUGUGCUGAAAGCUAAAGCCGCAGUGGCGUUUCACCAGGGCCGCUUUACUGACCUCUACACCCUGCUUGAGGGCUUCCCCUUUUCCCCACGCAGCUACCCGCUCCUGCAGCAGCUCUGGCUCAGAGCCCACUACAUGGAGGCCGAAAGGCUGAGGGGCCGACCCCUGGGAGCUGUGGGGAAGUAUCGCGUCAGGAGGAAGUUCCCUCUUCCACACACCAUCUGGGAUGGAGAGGAGACCAGCUACUGUUUUAAGGAGAAAUCACGUGGUAUACUUCGUGAGUGCUACCGCCAUAAACCCUAUCCCUCUACCCGGGAGAAACGCGAGCUGGCUGCGGCCACCGGCCUGACAACCACCCAGGUCAGCAACUGGUUCAAGAACCGCAGGCAGAGGGACAGGACCCCGGACCUGCACAGUUUCCAAAUAUCUUGCUCUGGAGGAACCUUAGGAGAGGUCGACCCUCUCUCUGAUAACGACUGUUCCCCUCCAGGGAGCCCGGAUCCCCUACUCCAUCACCCCCCUCCUCCUCCUCCCCUCUUUCACCCACCACCUCCUCUACGUCACAUAUGUGGAGGCCUCCACUGAGUCUGAGCAUCCACUGAUUAAUUUGUGAAUUUUAUCAUUUUUGAAAAACAAAAAGCUUUUGCUUCUACUGAAAUUUAAAUUCAAUUUUCUGGUGUCCAUAAAACAACUACUUGGCAAGUAAAGUUUGUUACCAAAACAUGA